AUGAUUAUCAGCAGAAAAAGGAAACAAGAAACUAUCUGCAUGGAGUACAUAGUUGGACUUGCAGGUGCCAUAGCUUCUCUUUUGGGGCUUGCUUUCUUGUUCUACAGUUCUUUAAUGAGAUUUAGAGGACCGAGCAAGGUGAAAAGAUCGGCUUCCAUGGAGCUUCCAAAUGAAAACUCUGCAAACAAAACUGGAAACUGUGAGGCUCAUGGGACGACGGAUAUUAUCAUAGUCGGCGCUGGUGUUGCCGGUGCUGCUCUUGCCUACUCUCUUGGAAAGGAUGGACGUCGAGUGCGAGUGAUCGAGAGGGACUUAAAAGCACCCGAAAGAAUCGCCGGCGAAGCUCUGUUGCCAGGGGGCUACCUCAAGUUAAUUGAGUUAGGCCUUGAAGAUUGUGUUGAUGAGAUUGAUGCUGUACGAGUUCUGGGAUGUGUUUUAUACAACGAUGGAAAAGAAGCCCCCCUAUCUUUUCCUCUGGAGAAGUAUGAGUCCCAUGUUGCAGGAAGAAACUUUCACAAUGGUCGUUUCGUUCAAAGGUUGCGGAACAAAGCUGCAUCUCUUCACAAUGUGAGUCUAGAGCAAGGGGCGGUAACAUCACUGAUUGAAGAGAACGGGACCGUUAAAGGAGUGCACUACAAAGACAAGAGAGGCCAACUGCUGACGGCUUAUGCUCCCCUCACCGUCAUCUGCGACGGUUGUUUCUCGAAUUUGAGACGCUCUCUCUGCAACCCCAAGGUUGAUAUUCCUUCUCAUUUUGCCGGUUUAGUCCUGACGAACUGUAAGCUACCGGAUGAAAAUUAUGGAGCUAUUAUAUUAGCAGAACCUUCACCAAUCCUGUUUUAUCCCAUUAGCAGCACUGAAAUUCGAUGCUUGGUUGAUAUACCCAGUCAGCAUGUACCUUCUGUUUCCGAUGGUGGAAUGGCCCAUUACUUGAAAACUAGGGUGGCUCCCAAGGCUCUUCCUGAAAUGUACACUGCCUUGAUUUCUGCAAUAGAGAAGGAGGAUAACAUAAGAAUAAUGCCGAACAAAAUCAUGGCUGCUGAUCCACGCCCGACUCCCGGUGCGUUUUUGAUAGGCGAUGCGGUCAAUUCCCGGCACGCUAUAACGGGAGGGGGAAUGACGGUUGCACUCUCUGAUGUUGUUCUACUGAGUGAUCUCAUAAGACCCUUGCAUAAUCUAUCCGAUGCAUCCGCGGUCUGCAAAUAUCUUGAGUCUUUUUACACUCUAAGGAAGCCGAUGUCAUCGACGAUAAACACACUGGCAAACGUCUUACAGAUCGUGUUCAGUGCCCCAUCUAGUCCUGUAAUGGAGGACCUACAACAGACAUGUUUCGGGUACUUGAGACUCGGAGGUAUAUUUUCGACCGGACCAUCGGCUAUAUUAUCCGGUCUAUGCCCUCGUCCAUUAAGCUUGGCGUUUCAUUUCUCUGCCAUGUCAGUUUACGGUGUCGGCCGAUUGUUGCUUCCGUUUCCUUCUCCGAAACGAUUGUGGAACGGGGCUAGACUCCUUUGGGUUGCAUCAAGUAUUAUUCUGCCAUUUAUAUGGUUCGAAGGAGUGAGACAAAUGUUCUUCCCUCUUACUGUGCCUGCAUAUUAUAGAACUCCACCUGGAAGCAGGAGCAUAAAAAGUCUGGGAAGGAAGAUCGAUUAGCAACAUGUUGCUGUGUACGACUCGGUGUUCGAUAUUUGGAAAAUAAUUCAUAUCUGUUAUUAGAUAGCUUAUAGUGUAGAGCUUAUUGCGUGG